GGAGUUGUAGUUCCGCGAGAGCGUUGAGCUAGUGCCGGGACCUCGGGGCCACCGGGGAUGUGUAGUUUACAGCCCCAGGCAUGAGCUCUGGGGUUCGGAUGGUGACUCGCAGUCGGAGCCGCGCUUCUAGGAUCGCGUCGGAAGGGUGUGGGGAGAAGCUCGCCCCGCGAGAGACUGCUGCAGAAGGAAGAGAAAGCCACAGGCCUGCAAAACAUUCACGGAAGACACAGAAGGUACCUGUGGCCUAUGAGGUUUCUAAUGCUGAGAAUGCUGAGCCCCUCCAAGUGCCGGUUUGGGAGCCCCAGAACUGGCAUCAGCAACUGGCCAACAUCCGCAUCAUGAGAAGCAAGAAGGAUGCACCUGUGGACCAGCUGGGUGCUGAGCACUGCUAUGAUGCCAGCGCCCCACCAAAGGUGCAGAGGUACCAGGUGCUCCUGUCGCUGAUGCUCUCUAGCCAGACCAAAGACCAGGUGACAGCAGGUGCCAUGCAGCGCCUACGAGCCCGGGGCUUAACUGUGGAAAGUAUCCUGCAGACAGAUGAUGACGUGCUGGGCAGGCUUAUCUACCCUGUGGGCUUCUGGAGGAGCAAGGUAAAAUUCAUCAAGCAGACAACCGCCAUCCUGCAGCAGCACUACGAAGGGGACAUCCCCGCUUCCGUGGCAGAGCUGGUGGCCUUGCCAGGUGUUGGGCCCAAGAUGGCACACUUGGCUAUGGCCGUGGCCUGGGGGACCAUAUCAGGCAUAGCAGUGGACACACAUGUGCACAGAAUAGCCAACAGACUGAGGUGGACCAAGAAGGUGACCAAGUCCCCAGAAGAGACACGCAAAGCCUUGGAGGAGUGGCUACCCAGGCCAUUGUGGAGUGAAGUCAACGGACUGCUGGUAGGCUUCGGCCAACAGACUUGUCUCCCGGUCCAUCCUCGCUGUCAGGCCUGCCUCAACCAGGCCCUGUGCCCUGCUGCCCAGGACGUCUAAGGGGCACAGGGCUUUCUCUGGCCAGUGUCUAUGAUGUGCCUUUGUGGUGAGGGGUAGUAAGGUUUGGGGUUUGUUUUUACGAU